AUGGGUGGCAGGACGAGCAAUGUCGACAUCAAAGCCAGCGAAUUUGACAAGCUCGUCCACUUUGCAACAGAACAUCAGAUCAAUCUCGUCCUGCCAGGCCCAGAACAGCCCCUCGUAGAUGGUAUUGAACAUGUCUUCCGAGCAAUCGGCAUACCUGUGUUUGGGCCAACUCCAAAGGCCGCCCUCAUGGAAGGCUCCAAGGCCUUUUCCAAAGACUUUAUGGCUCGUCACGCUAUUCCAACCGCAGCCUACGCCAAUUUCACGGACCAUGCUCAAGCAGAAGCCUAUGUUCAAGCAGCGCAACAUGAUCUCGUCAUCAAAGCUUCAGGUCUCGCCGCAGGCAAGGGCGUUCUUAUCCCGCAAUCAAAGGAGGAAGCGCUGCAAGGUCUCGAAGAGAUCAUGGUGAAGCGCGAGUUUGGUCAAGCGGGCGACGAGGUCGUCAUCGAAGAGUUCUUGAGUGGUCAAGAGCUUUCCGUGCUCGCUUUCUGCGACGGCUACACGAUCUUGCCCUUGCCGGCUGCACAAGAUCACAAACGAAUUGGCGAGGGCGACACUGGUCCCAAUACUGGCGGCAUGGGGGCCUACUCUCCGGCACCUUGUGCAACCGCUUCUGUCAACGAGACGAUCAUGAAGACCAUACUGCAACCCUCCCUCGAUGGAAUGCGCAAAGACGGCAUACCCUUUGUGGGACUCCUGUUCGUGGGCAUCAUGCUGACCGCGCAAGGGCCGAAAGUGCUCGAAUACAAUGUACGAUUCGGCGAUCCCGAAACUCAGACGCUGCUGCCUCUGCUGGCCCCGGAAACAGAUCUCGCCGAGAUAUUGCUUGCUUGCGUCGACAGAAGGCUGGAUUGCGUCCAGCUCAAAGUCUCGAAACAGCACGCCGUUUCUGUCGUGCUGGCCGCUCCUGGCUAUCCCAGCUCAUACCCCAAAGGCUCUCCGAUCAGCAUCGGCGCUUUACCCAAAGAUGUGGUCGUCUUCCACGCAGGCACUGUACAACAGAAUGCUCAAAUCGUGACUGCUGGCGGUCGCGUCUUGACUGUCACAGCCCGCGCAGACACGCUGCAAGCAGCUGCAGAUCUCGCUUAUCGCGGCAUCGAAGCCGUCAAAUUCGACGGUGCAAUCUACAGGCGUGAUAUCGCUCACAGAGCACUGAAAGCGCCUGCGGUAGCUAAAAUGAACGGGAUGUCAUACGCCGAUGCUGGCGUCUCAAUUGACGCAGGAAAUGCGCUCGUAGACAAUAUCAAGGCGGUAGUGAAAGCGACAGCACGCCCAGGAAGCGAUAGCAUCAUUGGCGGCUUCGGCGGUCUCUUUGAUCUUAAGGCAGCAGGCUACAGAGAUCCGAUCAUCGUCAGCGGUACUGACGGUGUUGGAACGAAGCUCAAAAUUGCCUCCCUCGUCAAUAAGCAUGAUACGAUCGGCGUCGAUCUUGUUGCGAUGAGUGUCAACGACUUGAUAGUGCAAGGUGCAGAGCCCCUCUUCUUCCUUGACUACUUUGCAUGUUCGACCCUGGACGUUCACACUGCCGCAGCCGUCGUGACGGGUGUGGCGCAAGCUUGCAAGGAAUCCGGAUGCGCUCUCGUCGGCGGAGAAACAGCGGAAAUGCCCGGCUUAUACCAUGGAGAGGAUUAUGAUCUAGCUGGCUUUGCUGUUGGCGCAGUCGAACGCAACGAGCUCUUACCGCGACCAGACAUUCAGCCUGGCGAUGUUCUGCUAGGCUUAGCGUCCAGCGGCUGCCACUCAAAUGGCUUCUCACUCAUUCGAAAAGUCGUCGAAAAGUCUGGGCUCGCCUACAGUGACACUUGCCCGUGGGAUGCAUCUGUCUCACUUGGUGAAGCGCUCUUGAUCCCGACAAAGCUAUAUGUCAAGCAGACGCUACCCGUCAUGCGAGCAGGUCUGAUCAAAGGCAUGUCGCACAUCACCGGCGGUGGCUUCACCGAGAACGUCCCUCGCAUGUUUCCUCAGGGUCUAGGCGCGCACAUCGACUUGACGGCAUGGGACUUACCGCCAGUGUGGCAAUGGCUCAAACAGCAGGGCAACAUCGCCAACGAAGAACUGGCCAGGACGUUCAAUUGCGGCGUGGGAAUGGUCAUUGCUGUCGAUCAGUCCAAGGCAGAAGUAGCUAUCAAGGCGCUACAGAAAGCCGACAGAGGCCAUGUGUACAUUGUGGGCACGGUCACGGACCGUCCGGGAGUCUCAUACACCGGCAUGGAGACGUGGCAAUAG